GGGGCCUUUCAUCCGGCCGGGGGCUCUCGUCGGGCCCGCCGCGCCUGGUUUGCUGCCCGACCGGCCGGGCGUGGGCUGCCCCGCCGUGCCCUUGCGCGCCCGCCUUUGUGUUUUCUAUGUGCCCCACGUUGUUUACCCCCGUGCUUCAGCUUCGCACUCGGCGCGCGGCCAUCUGGGGCAACUCGGGUGGGGCCACGGGCCGGAGAGGCCGCGAGCGUGCGGAACGCGGCGGGCGCGGCGCAGUCGCGCCGCCCGUGUUUUUUCUUGCCCCCCCGGGCCUUUCAGCGGGGGGGGCGCGCUUCGGGGGCUGCCUGCCUCCCUCCCCCUUCGACAGAUUGACAGAAGCGGGGCCUCCCACCGUCGCCAGUGGUGCAGCGGCCUCCGGGGCAGCAACAGGAGCAAUGGAGGCAGCCACAGGAGGAAAGCAGAGCAGCGACGCGAACUCGAAAACCUAUGGCAGAGGGGCGGGCGCUGCAGUGGUGGGCCACUCGAGAGGGCCUGCCCGUCGCCUUUCGUUCUUGAUUUUCCCUGUGCCAGCCCGCCCCGGGUCCGCUUCCUUGUCGGGCGGCCUUCCGGCUUGUUUUGGUUGUUCCUCCUCGGGCCCCCAUCUCGGCAGCCCGUUUGGUGGGGCGUAGCUUGCGUUAGAUCUCUCCGCCGGCGCGCGUUCCAGGUUGUUCGCCCGCGUGCCGCAAGCGUAUGGCCCGGCCGGCGGGCGCCCGUGGCGCCCCGCGUUGGCCGGGUAGCCUUGCGCUGGGCGCAUCCAUCAGCCGCGCGCGCAACCUGGAUGGAAUCCGCGCUCGCAGGCGCCUGCAGCGACAAAACCUGGCUCACUGGCGUUGUUGCUUGUAUUGUAAGUGGGGCAU